GCGGAAUGACUCAAAAAACCGGAAAACCCUUUCGUCUAGCGAGUUUUUCGUCUUGCGAGGCAUUCGUCUUGCGGGGCACCACUGUAUUAUUCUGCUCCAGUUCUGCAGAGUGUGCACUGCUCUCCCACCUUUGUCUUCUCAUAGUUGCUUGGUCUGAGUCUUGCAAGCGAGUCCACAAAAGUCGCUAGCUCAUGGAAAAUGUUACUAGCCCAGUCUGCCCCAUCCGACCUGUUUGAAUCGCUUGUGGCACAUGGGUGGCCUGAAAGGAAUAAAAAGGGAAAUGACCAACUCUUACUAGCUUAUUUCAAAAAUGUCUUUGCCUGGAAGACCCCUUUUUCUCCACAGGCGACCAGGGGACACAGUGGCUGUUGAAAAGCCUGGUUUACUGUAGAUGCAACCUACACUCUAACCCAGUUGUAGUCCAGAAAUGUAGUUUUUCCUCAAUCCAGAGUCAUUCAUGCUCGUCCUCAACAUACCACUUUCGAUCUAGAUUGAUCCUAGCAUGAUCCGAUCCUGCCGUCUGCAAGGGUGAGUGUGGCUGCUUGAUACGCAUUUGGAAAUGCUCCCCCUGAUUAGGUUAUGCACGCCUUUCCCUCUUUGCACGUGUCCCAGGAAGGAAGAGGGGGUGGCAGUCCUGCUAUAUGGCCACCCACCAUUUCACUAAGCCAGUAGGACUGUCUACAUCGGUUUGCAAGUGGACACACUGCAGAGUAACACAAAAUCAAUCUGCAGUGAGCUUUUAUUUCUGGAAUGGAACCAGUUUCUCAAGAAGUGCUUUUCAGGGGCAGGGCGAAAAGUAUGUGAUUGAUCUAUAUUGUGGGUGGGCUGCAUAGAAAAAGCAAGCACUCGGUUUCCAUUGAUUGUAGGAUAAAAUUCUUGCAUAAGGCAAUGAAUUAACACAAAGCAGGUGAAGCCAGGCUUUGUUUCUCCCUGCUGCUCUGAGAAGUAGGAAAUUCAGGGAGGAGACUAGGAACAUCUUGAGGUUUUAGAAAUAAUGACCCUCUUCUCUCAUGGCUUAGGAUGGCGGCGCAGGCUCCCUGGGAGGAGAUGGCAGCCACUUUGCUCUUCCCUAUUUUGUUCUUGGCUGCAGCUUGUGACUGAGGAGGAGAGAGCAGAACCACGAACCUGAGCUUGGAUGACAACCUGAGCUAAGCCAUGGUUUACUGAGGAGCCACACAGUGGGUGGGAGCUCCUGGAAGGGCAGGCAGGACAGUCGCAUACGUAGUUUGACUUAUCAUGUCACAAUGUGAACCAGUGCAUUUUAAAAACAACUAUUGUGCACAAAUGGACAGGGAGGCCUUUCGUGGCUCCAGCCCUGCCCUGCCCAUCCAAACAACUGUUUCUGUUGACAUUUGCACUGCAUGCUGUAUUCCAAGCAUAGUCCCAUGACAGAAUUGUGCAAGAAUAUUAAGCUGCUGACGGUUCUAUUUUCAGUGCUUUUCCAGGCAUCCCUUGUGUGGAAUUUGCCUUUUUCAUCGCUGGCACUGGAGCUCAAGUUCUCCUUCCGGGGGGGGGGGUGACUUCCAGUUCAUAUCCUUAUAUAUAUGAAGUUUCCCCAAAUGGGCAUCACUACAUGGAAUGGAAUCAAAAGGUAUUUGCCCCUUUUCAUUUCCUGCUCACCCAGUUUGGAGAGACCCUUUUGGAGCUCUUUGUGACCCCUUUCUCCUUUUUUUACCACCCUGAACAAUCUGCCAACUCAACCCCCUCACCCUGCCCUCCAAACUCCAGAUCAUUUGGGAAGAAGUUGAAAGACCCUUGCUGGAGGAAAGAGCUUCACAUCCUGCCCCCUGGCUCCCAUCCAAGCACCUAUUUUGGCCUUGGCGGAAAGGUUUUCAGAAGAGGCCAAACCUUUGCUCCAUGCUGGGGAUUCUUUUGGCAGCCCUGCUAAAGCGAAGCCGCUGUGGACAGAGGCCCCUCCUGCCUCCCUCCCUCCAAGUUGCUGCUUCUAAUCCCCCCACCCCCACCCUCCUCCUGUGCUUUGGUCUCUUGGCAUCAGACAGGACUGUCCGUUGCAAAUGAGACUUAAGUUGGUUCCUCAUUCUUGAUUUGUGGCCUCUCUAACUCCUUGUUCAGUUCAGUGAUCCAAGUAGCUUUGGACAAAUAACGUUUGACAGUCCAGCCAAAAAACCAAACACCAAAAUACCCCAUGCGCCUCCAGUUCUGGCAACCCUGGGAAGAUUCCCAGGCAUAACCAUUUUUGGCAGUUGCCAUUUUUGAUGUGCCUGGGUAAAAAAGGUCCCUAGUUGUGCUAUGAUGGAGUUAACGUCCCUGACCGGAGGUCCUGGCAAAUGAUUUAUGCUGUUCUUGGACUGGAGAAGGGGGAGGCAGGUUAUCCAGGUAGGAGGCAGGUUAUCAAAAACUGCCUGCUAACUGGCCCUUUUUUGUUGCUUCCCAGGCUCUGAGGGGCAAAGUCCUCGUGGCUUGCUGGGGGUUCUCUUGGCAACGCUACCCUUCUGAGGAAAAGAGCCUUUUCCCAGGACUCCUCCCCCUCGAAGUUGUUAAUUCUCCUUGUCUUCUCCCUCCCUCCCUCCCUCCCCACUGGCUUCCAUCCAUGCUAGUCAGACAGUCCCAGUGCAAAAAGGCUUCCCUGCAGCUUCAUCCCUUCAUUCCUUGGAGAGCAGGCAGGUUCUUCUACGAGACGCUCACUUGCCUCGUCUGAAGGUAUGGAGCUUGACACCUGUGCGGAGGAAGGCCAGGGGCCUGCACAUCUUCCAGAAAGCAGCAGCAGCAUUGCCAGAGCUCAAACUUCGCCGGGGAAGGCGCUGGAGAGGCUCCAGAAGAACCGGAGGAGGAAGAUCAGCCACUCCUGCGUUAGAGGCAAGGGGCAGCUGAAGCUCUCCAUCACCACGGAAGGAAAGGACCUGAAGCUCUAUGUCAUGGAAGCCAAGGGCCUGAUGGGGAAGGAGUACCGGAUUUGUGACUCCUUUGUCAAGGUGUCGCUUGUGCCGGAGACAGAUCGGAAGUGCAGGCAGAGGACCAGGACUGUGCUGGACAGCAAAUGCCCCGUCUUCCAUGAGCAUUUCCUCUUUCCUUUGCCAGAGGAAGAUGAGCGGAAGCGCCUGCUGGUCACUGUGUGGAACCAACCAAGGAAUUCCAGGAUUCCUUCUCCCCACAGGCAGAGUGAACUCCUCGGCUGCAUGAGUUUCGGUGUGAAGACCCUGCUGAGCCCAGACAAGGAGAUCUGUGGAUGGUACUACCUACUGGGGGAAGACCUGGGCAGGACAAAGCACCUGAAGGCAGCUACACGGCGGCUGAAACAGAGCAGAGAGCUGAUGUUGGCCAGGCCAGCUGCGGCAGUGGCGUUACUGGGGAAGCAGCAGCAGGACGAGAACAUGGAGCAGCUCAAGAUUACAAUCCCCCGUGGCAAGAAUGGGUUUGGGUUCACCAUCUGCUGUGACUCGCCUGUCCGUGUGCAGGCAGUGGACUCGGGUGGCCCAGCAGAGAAAGCUGGCUUGCAGCAACUGGACACCAUCCUCCAACUCAAUGAGCAACCUGUCGAGCGCUGGAAGUGUGUGGAGCUGGCCCACGAGAUCCGGAACUGCUCCCGCGAGAUCAUCGUGCUGGUCUGGCGCAUAGUCCCUCGGGUCAGACCUGGCCCAGAAGGCGUCAUCCGCCGCUCAUCCUGCAAAUCGACGUACGACUUGCAGUCACCGCCCAACAAGCGAGAGAAGAACAGUGCAUUGCACUCCCAACACCUCGAUCAUCGCCAGAGCUGCCACAUCGUCUAUGGUGGGAACGAGGGCCUGGCGCUCAACGGCUGGGAGCGCUACACAGAGCUUGGGAAGGUCUCCCAGCAGCACACCAUGCCCUCCCCUUCCCGAACACCCUCAACGAGUGGGGGCGACAAGAACUACAUCAUCCUGGCGCCUCUCAAUCCAGGAGGCCAGGUGCUGAGGCCCAUCUACCCGGAAGGCAAGGCCCCUGGAGGCAAUCCAUGCAGAAGCGGGACCCAGGGCAAGAAGUCCCGGCUCAUGAAGACGGUGCAGACCAUGAAAAGCCACAGUGGCAGCCGCCCCCAGAACUGCACCCUCGUGAGACCUGGCAUCCCACACUCCAGCUACGGCACCUACGUGACGCUGGCCCCCAAAGUGCUGGUCUUCCCCAUCUUUGUGCAGCCUCUGGACCUUUGCAAUCCAGCCCGGACCCUGCUGCUGUCAGAAGAGCUUCUCCUUCACGAGACACGGAACAGACCGACCAAGGUGACUCUCUUCAUCUACUCAGACUUGCUGCUCUUCACCAAGGAGGAUGAGCCGGGACGGUGCAAUGUCCUCCGAAACCCCCUCUACCUGAAGGAUGUCAGAGUGCAAGAAGCUUCUUCAGAGGACUUGAAGUUCUGCAUCCUCUACCUGGCCGAGAAGCUGGAGUGCGUGCUCAGCUUGGAGGCUCACUCCCAGGAGCAGAAGAAGAGAGUCUGCUGGUGCCUGGCCGACAGCAUCUCCAAGCAGCAGCCCACGACCCCCACAGCUCCUCCAGCCGAGAGCAAGAUGCUUGAGCCAGAGGCUGCAGCGCCAGGGGCCUUGCCCUCCACAAGGGAGGACAGAACAAGUCCCACGGCCCACGCCACGAGGGAGGACUUGGUGGAGGAGACAAUGGCAGUGGCCCAGGACCCCCCAACAACAGGAUCCAGGGAGAAGGGGGCCCCCAGCCCUGGGAAGCACAAGGAGGAGGAGGAGGAAGGGACCAAAGAGACCCAUCUCAGCCCCCCAGUCUUUGCCAUCCCCAAGCUGCGGCUGGAGGACACGGCAGCCAUCGCCACAUUUGAUCUUGAUGGCCCAGCGGACUUUGAGGAGGAGGAGGAAGAAGAAGAGGAGGAGGAGGAAGAGGAGGAGGAGGAAGACGAAGAUGAGGAGGAUGAAGAGGAUGAGGACAGCCACGAGGCCUACCUGAGCAGAGGGGAGGUGAAGCGCUGCAGCAUGUUUGAAGCCUCAGCCGGCGAGCCACCAGCCUGCAGCCUGAGUGCCCAGAACUCACUACGGCGGCGCACCCACAGCGAGGGGAGCCUCCUGCAGGAUCCGCGGGGCGGGCACUGCUUCACCUCCGACACCAGCCUCAACUACGCCGAGGCCCAGGGCCCAGGCACCAGCUGGACAUUGCCAUCCCCCCAGACACUCAAGAAGGAGCUGGCCAGGAACGGGGGCUCCAUCCACCAGCUCACCCUGCUCUUCGUCGGGAACCGGAAGCAGCAGCAGCAGCAACAUGGGCACCUGCUGGACCCCGACUGGGCCCUUGACCGAGGAGUUUCUUCUCGAGGGGCCUGCAAGAAGACAAACAGGAACCUGGCCAAAGACAUGAAGACCCGGCUGGGGAUCUUCCGAAGGCGGAACGAGUCUCCUGGAGGCCCUCCAGCCUGCAAGGCGGACAAAGCCCUCAAGACCCUCAAGCCGACUCCUGAAGAAGCUCUCAAGUGGGGAGAGGCCCUGGAAAAACUGCUUCAGCAUAAAUAUGGUCUGGCCGCCUUUCGUGCCUUCCUGCGCACUGAGUUCAGUGAGGAGAACCUGGAGUUCUGGCAGGCAUGUGAGGACUACAAGAAGAUCAAGUCCCAGUCCAAGAUGGUGUCCAAAGCCAAGAAGAUCUAUGCGGAAUACAUUGCAACCCAGUCCUGCAAAGAAGUCAACCUGGACUCCUACACCCGGGAGCACACCAAGGACAAUAUGCAGAGCAUCUCCCGGAGCAGCUUUGACCUUGCCCAGAGGCGGAUCUACGCCCUGAUGGAGAAGGACCCCUACCCUCGCUUCCUGCGCUCAGAGUUGUAUUUGGACCUCGUCAACCAGAAGAAGCCCAGCCCUCCGCUGUAGAGGCGGCCUGGCCGGCUUCUGAGGGGAGACUUGUUUCCGGGAGGUGUAUGUUUACAUGUGAUCCGCUGCCUUUCUGGUCGGAGGCCUGCCUGGACAAAGAAGCCACUGCUUCCUUCUGGAAGAGCGCUUCCCCCCACCCCUGGGGUCAGACAGCUCUGCCUCCUCAUUCUCUUCCACCCCAGGAGCUUGCUUUGUCUCUCCGGUACGACGGCGUCAUGGUGACCAGGAGCUGAAGGCUGGGGGUCCCACCAGACCACUGUGAAGUUCAGAGCUGUCUUCCCUCCCCCUGCUGCGCCCCGGGGCUGUUGCAGAGGGGCCACUUUCUGAGCCUGGACCCAGAGGGAGCUUGUGGGGUGGCAGACAAAGAUGGCUCCUCCUUCCAAAGAGUUGCUGACAAAGGGACUUGGGCAGCACUUGGGGGAAUUAUCGCCCUUUGGCACUUGGGCAUCUCUGCUCUCGAUAAAGAACUCUCUUCCUCUUCUUCCUCUGUCUCGUCCUUCUCCCAAGGAAUGCUCAAGCAGCCCCCAACUGCUUCCAGUAGUCAUCUGUUCCCCUAUUUAUUGAAAUCAUCUAGCUGGAUGCUCGACAGGUUGUGUGCAUGACCACUGCUCAACUGCCUGUUGAGUUUUUUUGUUUUUUUACUUCAAGUGCAAUAUUAUUAAUAUUAUUAUUACUGUUUUUGUUUAUGUGCCUCUUCUCUCGCCCCCCCCCCUCAAUCUCCCGGAACUUUGCAGUGGAGCGAAUGUGCCUAAGUUCUGAGUGUGUCCAGCAUCUCUGACGAUGCUGAUGACUGACGACAUCUGCUGUACCUGCAGGCAGCCGAGAGAUCUGCAAGAAGAGGGCUGAGGGCAGACUGUGGCCUCUGCAGUCAACACACAGAGAUGAAAGAGUGCUGUGUGAAUGGGAUGGUGACUGUGCUGGUUGGGCCUCCAGAGGGGAGAGUGUGCCUGUAUGUGUGUCUGCGUGUGUGCGAGGCCCCCGCUUGCCCAUGCUUUGGUCCAGGAAGUCCCGGCUGCCUCCUCUGGAGGAAUCUGGUGGCUGGACGCUUGGCCAAGGGCCUGGUUUACAACUGAAGCCCAUCUCUGCAGGUAGCUGUUAAUGUUGUGCUGUUGUUUUAAAACCCAUCAACUUCUUUUUUUUAAUGUCAUGGCUAUUUAGGAUAAAUAAAGAGAGAAUAAAAGUCCUUAGCUUC